UUCACUGUCAUCAAGUUUACGCUCACUUGUGUCGUGAUUGUGGGUGCAAUUCUUUCGAAAUAUCCGAUUCUAAAUCAGCGAUAAGCAUAUAAUUAUGAAAAUAAUAAAUCGCAAUGUGUGCAAUCAUUAUGCAACGUGUUUAAUAAAUUUGUGAUAUUUUGAAUGCUAAAAGAAGGAAUUAUCAAAGCUCGAAAAGUAUCUCAGUGUACGAAAUAAGAAGAUAAAGAAGAAAAGGAAUAUAAAGAAGGCGGUUUUUGUCUCACUUGCACCGACAUUCAUUAAUACUACCGGGUUGAUUACUUGACAGUUGAACAGUCUGACACUAGCGCGUAGCUAUUCAUACAUUUGCUUUGCACUUCAUCUUGUUGCAUUGGCACAGUAAAAACGAAACGGAAUAUUUGAAACUGUUGAUCGCAAAAGUGCUCCGAAGAAGCGAACAAAGGCGAAAAGAAUUUAGGUAAAUGAAAAGUCAGAUGAAUUUGCCAAAACGUGAAAACGGAAACGAAACGUAGCGGCUUUUGUUUUAGCAAAAAUAACUUACCUUUGCAUUAAAAUAAAAUAAUUAAACAUUGUAGUUUUAACAUUGAAGAAGUGAGGUUCAAUGUACGGACAUAAUAUAACAUGUUUUCAAAAUCUUUAGAACAUUGGUGAAUCUUGAAAUAAGUGAAUAUAUGUGUGUUUUAAGUGUUCAUUGAUGGCUCGAAUUACGUGUCUGUAAAAAAAAAACAAUACAGAACAAGUGGUUUCAACACAUUUUCUGCUAGAUACUCUAUAAAAGAUCUAUAAAAAAGUGAUGUGUUAAACUAUCGAAAGUGAUUUAUGUUCUAUUACGAAAAAAUAUUAACAAAAUCGUGAAAUAAUUAAAAGCAUCAAAUGUAUGUGUAAAUACUCUAGUAAAUAGCCAAAUUUUUCAAGAAAGAAAAAACAUUAGCUAUCGUGCGGUUCAAUACCCACAAUAUAUACAAAAAAAUAGUGUUUGUGUUAUCAUUGGAAUCCCUGAUUAAAAAUUGAUUCUACCAUCGAAAAACACGAAAACACUGGUAAAAGCUGCAAUGUCUCAAAAGAAAAAAAUAUAAGAUUCAAUACUGUUCAACGAAGAUUGAUUUAUUUCUUUUUGAUCAACGUGCGUUGCUGCAUCAAUUCCGUAAGGUAGAAUUCGUGAAAAGCUAGACUUUUCACAAAAGGCAUCAUCAUUUACUCGUUUGUUGCAGAAAACGUUGUAUGUGGAAUGGAUAUUGGUGCUGGCGGUUAUGUAUAUAUGAAUGGAGAUGCAGUCAAGUUACAACCACCUGUUGCAAAUACUAUAUAUGCACAUGUUCCCGUUGAAACAGCUAUGUUAGCCACUACUAAUAUUUACGGGCCGACGACGCAAUUGGCAGCACCAGCCGCGACACAUAUUCCUUUGAUAGCAACCACAGGACCACAACCACCACAUCCGCAAGCUCUGCAAGUAGCCGCUGCACCUCCACCCAGUCAGCAUCAACACCAACAUCAGCAUACACAAAUAAUAUCGCAUACUCAUCCACACGCACAUACACAUUCACAUAGUGCAGCUGUGGCCGCUGCUGCUGCUGCCGCCGUAGCCGGUCCGCACACACAGCAAACCGCUAGUGCUGGUGCCCCGCUUCAAACGGUGCCAACUGCCACACAUCAGACCGCACAUUUACAAUACGCUCAUCAACCACAAACAGUGGCACAGGUUGCUACUGGCGGACCAACCGUAACAACAAUUGAUAGUGCAGAGUACGCGGCCGCCGUCAUGAACGGCACAAUUGCUCAGGACGGUUCUACCGUGUGCUACGGACAACAGGAGGAAUUGUCCGCAGUAGCGGCUGGGUCGAAUUUAAUAGGGGUGGAUGUUUCGAUGGCUGGUACGCCUACUUCAGUCGGCACCCAUCACCCACAACAACAUUCUAUUGGCAUAAGUAAUGGACCGCAUCAACAACAUCAGCCACACCAGCAACAAAAUAACAACAAUACUAAUGUAGGUGACAACUCCGGCCUAACCUUAGAUCAGCUAAAACAUAUGCUCUCCACACAGUUGGAAUAUUACUUCUCCAGGGAAAAUUUGGCCAACGAUACGUACUUGUUGACACAAAUGGAUAGCGAUCAGUACGUGCCCAUUAUAACUGUGGCAAAUUUUAAUCUUGUAAAGAAGCUUACAAAGGAUAUCAAUCUCAUAACGGAAGUCCUUAGGGAGUCGCCAAAUGUGCAAGUAGACGAGGACGGAUUGCGUGUACGCCCAAACCACAAACGUUGCAUUAUCAUCUUGCGUGAAAUAUCCGAAAAAACGCCUGUAGAAGAAGUUAAGAACAUAUUUAAUAACGAGAAUUGUCCACGUGUCAUAUCAUGUGAGUUUGCGGGCAACAAUUCAUGGUAUAUAACCUUUGAGUCGGACGAAGACGCCCAGAAGGCUUUUAAAUAUUUGAGGGAGGAUGUCAAGAUGUUCAAGGGAAAACCAAUAAUGGCUAGAAUGAAAGCGAAACCAUUCAUAAAUAGGCUGCCAAUAGCACCGGUUCCACCACUGAAAAAUGGGUUCCGCAUAACUUCGCCGCCCGCUGCGGUAUAUGAUCCUAAUGCAGCAGCAACUGCCGUUGCAUACAAUACAGCUCCGCAACGGUUUGUGUAUGCCACAAAUGGUGCCGCUAUGACACAGGCCUCAGUACCUUAUAAUGCCCCUGUUAUUUUCCAAUCGUUCCAGCAGCAACAAUUCUAUCCUGGUAUUGUUGCAACAACACCGUGGCCACCGGCGGCUGCUGCGGCAGUAGCAGCAGCCGCUACCACAGCACACGGACAAAAUUUUUAUGAGUUGGGAAAUGUGUUUGCCACCAAUGGCUUGACACCACAAGCUGCUGUGCCCACAGCCUAUACAACCUCUGCUCCACAACAGUCGGUUACGCCAUUGCCGGCGUCAUCGAAAGGGCAAAGCGGCGGCGGUCGCUAUAAUAACCAUCGCAAUAACACCAGCAGUGCUGGUGGUGGUGGCCGCAACAAGUUGCGUAGUAACACUACACAACAACAAUCUCAACCCUUACCGGGCAUGAUCGCUACGCUCGGCAAUGUCGUUGGUAGUUUAGUUAGCGUUGUGCCAACAAUAAUGGACCCGCACCAACAGCAACAACAAUCGCAACAGCAACAAAAUCAACAGCCUCAGCAUCAAAUGCAACAACAACAGACGACUUCAAGUCAAGUGCAGCAGCAGCAGCAGCAAGUGCAACAAUCACAACAACAGCCACAAAAUACUUCAAGACAUUACAAUAGUAUGAAAAAUAGUGGAGGUGGCAUAAAUAAAUCAUCUAUGGAUAAGUCCUAUGGUGGUGGCAGCAGCAUGUCGAGUCACAUACACUAUGGAACUCAAACACAAUCGAGUUCCGGCCCUUCCCAUCACCAUGCGUCGUCUCAGCAGCAACAACAGACGAAUGCUGUGACUGCUGGUUCACAUAACACAACACAAAAUCACUACCAAUUGCCUUCCGCAACUGCGGCUGUAGCGGCCGCUGCAUCUAGCAAUUUGCAACAUGCUUCCUUUACGCAUGCUACGCCCACCGUGUCGGUGCAGCAGCAGCAUCACCAUCAUCAGCAGCAGCAACAGCAACAACAUUUACAUGGUCAACAUGUUGCUGAUCUGCAAGACGAUGGCGGUGUGUUGGGUAUGGGUACUAGUGGUGAGAUGGUGCAGCAACAGCAGCAUCAGCAGCAGCAAUCAUCUCAUCCUCAUCAACAGCAACACAGCAGAAGUAAUUUGUCUAGUUCAACAUCGUCGCUGGCGACGUCGUCGUCUGUUGGUGUCGGCGGUGUGGUGGGGAAGGAGCAGCAAAUGCAUUGGACGCAGACGCGACAUCGUCGUCGGAGACGUGAUGACGACGGCAGCGUUAUGACAUAUUCGCCAAGCACUCGACUUGGUGCUGGCGCCGGCGGAGUAAGCGGUGGGCAGCAAGCCUACAUUGGUGGUAGCGUAUCAACACAUCAUCAAUCACAGCAACAGCAGCAGCAGCAACAAUUGCAAACCCAACAACAAUCGUCCAACUCCAGCAAUACGCUGCAAUUAACCUCAAAUGCGGGUAAUAAUAAUCCAAUGUCGUCACAAAGCAGUGGCGGCGGUGCCGGUGCACAUCAUGGUCAGCGCGGUGAAGGUGUGCAUCAUGGCGGCGGUUCAAGCUACAAUUCACACCGCGAAGAACAUCGCGGUGGCUACAAAGGCAAUAAUUAUAAUCCACACUAUAAUAGCGGUGGUGGCAUGGGCCAUCACUCGCAGCAUUCGGGUGGAUCUCAUCACCAUCACCAUAGUGGCGGCGGUACAUCGCAACAGCACCAUCAUCACCAUUCAUCGUCCCAUCAUACGGGCGGCUCAACGCAUCACUACCAUCAUCAUCGCCACGAAGUAGGUGGAGGUGGAGGUGGUGGUGCGGGUAGCGGUGGCAAUGGUGGCCUCAGUGGAGGUGGCACGAAUGGUGCUCAUGGCAUAAGCGAUCGCAGCAAUGAUCGCAGUGGCGGUCAUGGACAUCACGCUCAGCAGCAGCAGCAGCAACAUGUGCCGCCGCCACAACCACCACAAUUCGAUUUAGAAGCAGCCGCGUUCCCACCACUGCCAGCGACAUCGUCGUCUACAGCUUCCUCCUCGUUAGCGUCUACCGGUGCGGCUUCAACAAAUAACGGUAGCGGUAGUAACUGCAAUAAUGUUGCAGUGUCUAAUACCAAGCAAAGUGCGAAUUCGGCACUACAGCAUCAACAGCAUCAACCGCUUCAGCAACAACAACAACAACCACAGUCUUUCGGCGGUGGCGGAAAUGACGGCAGCGUAAGUGGUGGUGUUGAUGUGCAACUGCAAAAGACAAACUACUUGCAACAACAACCACCACUACAACAACACAAUCAGUGUUUGAGCCCUUCUAUUGCUCUACAGCAAACUAAUAGUUCCUCAACGGUUGCAGCGGCAGGUGCAACAGCGAAUGCCAGUGGUGGUGGUAGCGGUGGCACUGGCGGCAUUGGCAACAGCCUGCAAAACCACAGCAGCGCCAGUGGCGUCGCCAACAGCAGUGGCUGGUCCAAUGAGAACCGUUUGGCAGAUGUUGUACGCUCUGGCGCUAGCACAGGUGGCAAUGGGAAGCUUAAAUCUCGUAAAGAUUCCGCCCACAACAAUAAACAGCAACAACAACAACAAAACUAUCAACGCAAUACAGGUGCUAGUGCCACCAUCAGUCCCACCACAACAACGUCCAUCAUCGCUACAGAAGGUGCUUUUGCUGCUGAUGACCCAAAUCCAUCGCCAUCAGCAUCUACAACAAAGCCAAACAAUAAAUCCUCGACAUUGAAUAAACAGAAUGCAAAUGCUAAUGCAAACUACACAACCACCGCCUCCUCAUCCAACAACACUGUGAUAAAGUGUCCAACACAAUCCAAACAAACCAAUGCCUAUAGUUUGACUGGCGGCAAUACAUCAUACGACAGUAAUACUGUCACUGGUGAAAAACCGAUAAACAAGACUGAGGAUCUGUCUGCUUCCGCGACAACUCAAGAAGCCGGAUGCAAACAACAGCAACAUGUUGCCAACGAUAGCAAUGGCAACAACGAGCUGCACCAGCAACACAAUCAUCGCGGUAGUGGCAGCAGCGCUCAAAACCCCGCUACGGGCGGUGUGAUGAAGAGUGCCAAUGCAGCGCUUUCAUCAACAUUGGCUGCAGCCGGUGCGCUUAGCGGCAGUGGCGCCGGCGCUGGCGGAGGCGGAGGCAGUGGCAUCGGUAGCAAUAGCAAUGGCCCACAAGCGGUCACUUGUAGUGUUGCUACCAUGACCACGAAUUUCGCCGAUUGCAGCCUAAGCAACCACAAGAAACCGCCUGCAGUUGCAGAUCUACUCGCCAAAAAAGCAACGCCAAAAGAUGCUACGAAGCAUAAAAACGCUUCGACAUCCACCAACACUGCUUCAAUUGAAAACAUUGUGGCAGCUCAGACGGGCAUACCCGUUUCGGCAAAUGCCACAAGUGCGACAAAUAAUAAUAGCUCGCGCUUAAGCUAUGCGCAAGUAGCGCAACAUCACAAGGAGCGCGCCGUCGCCGAUGGUGGCAACAAGAGUGCGGAGAAUUCAGCCUCCGGCAAUGCUUCACCUGUGGCUGUGCCCAAUAAAAGCGAACUGUCAACUGCAACACUGAGCAUUAAUAAAAAUGAGACUGCUAACAGCAAUAGUGGAGCGUUGGGCGCGGUCAGUGCUGUUAUUGGGGCGGCGACGGCGACAACAGCAGCGGCAGCAAUGCCCUCUACAACUGCUGCUCCGACACUGCAAUAUGUGGAGAAACAAAACGACAAACCUAUAGGCUUUGAUAAGCAACGCGGCUUAACGACUGGUGUUAGCCCAGCGUUGACGAGUGGAGCCACCGGCGCCACUGCAGCGGCCAACAAUAGCGGCAGUGGCGGUGGCGGCAACAACACAGGUGCUGUGAUCAACAGUGGGAGUAAUGUGGUGACAUUACGAGCUGAAAUUUCCAAAGAUAAAGAUGCUUUGCGCGAGAAUCGGCAAAGCACCGGCAGCAAUAAUAGUGGCAGCAGUGGCUUUAGCAGUAGCGGGGUCGCUACUAAUAGUGCUGCGACCCCAUCCACAGUAACGAGUGCGAGUGCGCGCAAUCGCAACAACAACGAUGGUAAAGAGAAGAAUGUGCGCGAACGACACGACACUGCCGAAAGCAGCAGUAGCGGACGAAAGUCGGGACGUAAUUAAUCUACAGUUGGGAUGUUCACCAAAGGAAACGAAAUAUUUCGCUUACGAAGAGCAAAUCACACACAUACAUAAUACACACAAUUGCUUAAACACACAUAUGCUCACUCACUUGCAAAGUUCCGAAAUUCAAAACACAAACAUGCAACAAAAGUAGAAUAAAGAAAAGACACUCAUAGGAUGUUCGGCAUUGCCUACGUAUGUAGCAGCAGGAAAAGUAUCCGCUCGUUAUUUUAUGUAACUCUGCACCAAUAUACACAUACAAAGGCAACACUAACCGAAUUUCUGCGACUUUCGUAAGAGGUGUUUACAAAUUGAAAAAAAAAAAAUAUACAUGAAUGUGAGAGAGAUGGAGUUUUUUGGCAAAAUUUUGUGUGUGAAUCUACUUGAAUUUGAAUCGUGAACCGUUUUGCAACGCCUUGAAAUUAUUGUGUUCCAUUAAAAUACUGUUUGGCUGACAAAACACAAACCAUAGCAAUCCAAGCUACUAUCACUUCAAAUGGACACACUUGAACGCCAAACGCAAUUGAGCUGCUAAUAACGAUCAACAACAACACACAAUUAUAGUUGCAAGUAGUUUGUGUAGCUAUAAAUAACUACUUGACUAUGCUACGCUCCGCCAGAUUCGCUGCUGCAUGCAACAAGUCUACUAAUUUAAUAAUACUGUACAACAAUUGUUUUGUAUGAUAUUAAUUAUUCACAAACCUAAUUGUAAUGAGAAUAGAACUAACGUUGUGGAACAACAAUAUACAGAAAUAUGCUGUUUUAGUUACAUACAGACGAAUCGCAUACAAUUCGCAGGAUAUGUAUAAACAGAGGAGCAGUCAGAAAUUGUUCUUAUUGCAAUUACUAUAACAAUAUACCAUAUAUCUAUAACAGAACUUAACCUUAGUUAUUAAGCAAUUGAUAAACGAAAUGUCGAAAUGUCAAAUCGGACGCAAAGGCAAACGCGUGGCAUGGCAAACACGAAACGAUGUGCGUUAUUUUUGUACAUAGGGAGGUUAAUUAAUUUAAACUAUAUCUAUCAGUCUAAUAAUGAUUAUAUAUGUCGAUAUUUAUGUUCAUGUACGCAUUACAGUUGUAAGUAAUGUUUAUAUGUAUGCAAAUAUACAUAUUGAAAGCGAAAUAUUUACAUAGAGAAUAUGUUGGAAGCAAACACACAUACACAUACACCGACGUGACUGUGUAGAGUUUUAUAAAGGUAUAAACGAUAUUACUAUAUAUAUAUAUAUAUUAAAUUUGUAGUUAGGCAUAUUACAGUGAAUAUUGAAAUACGACAAUUUACCGAUAUGUUAGUGUUAGUGGAGUGCAACAAGUUGAGUUAUGUUUCAGUUUCAGUUUCAGUUUUAAUUUUAAUUACUAUUAUUAUUUUAUUUUUGAAAACAAUUUGAAUUUGAAUGAAAUCAGAUUAUAUACAGGGAUGUAGGAUGAAUGUUGUUUCAAAGGCCAUAAUACACAGUAUGUGUUUUAGUUGAAGGAAAAAUAUUAUUAUGUUGCCUACGAAACGCAAGCAAGCAAUAAGAAAGUUAAUUUUAAAGAUUUAAUUUAAAGAAAAUAAUAUACAUAUGUAUUUGGACUAGCGGUAAAAAAAAAGAGAUUUAUCAUUUGUAAAAUUAAUGAAAUAGCUUUCACUGUUGUACAAUGUAAUUGUGCUUAAGUGAAUUAAUUUUCGGCCAUCAUCUGCAGUAGGCAUAACAGCGAAAUCAUUUUAUUAAAAAAGGCCAGAAUUUGUUUGAAUACUUUAUUUUGCUUAGUUAUAGCAGUUAUAUUGGUUGAUGGCAGUGAUAUGUUAGAUAGAGCUGAAUUUGCACACAAAUUUAAGUAAAAGUCUAUCCUUAAAACGUUGUUUUAGUUGUUACAACAACAUAAGAACAUUCCCACACAGUUUUGGGAAUGCUGCUAAGUGGCAGUCCUUACUUGGCUAUAGAUCCACGUCGCAUUAUUAUAUAUUGUUAUUAUAUUUUUAAUUUAGUUUAACUUAUUUUAUGCCUUACAAAUUCCAAUGUAAAUACUUAUCGAGUUGAAGCGUAAACGAUAAAAAAAUAACUAAUGUUGUAGUGCUUUAGGAAAAACUGAUUGAGCAACAAAUAUAACAAAUAUUUAGGCGAAGUCACUAACAAAUUCAAAAAACGAAUAACAAAACUUAUAAAUUACAAAAUCGAAUGUGCCAUAAUAUGUUAUGCUAAAGUGCGUGAGUGAAAACGAAACUAAUUAAGUGUUGAGAAAAAUUAGUGACAACCUUUAGUGGAGAUUUCAGAACAUUAUUUUAUAAUCGCUCUUGAACUUUUAAUUUUGUAAAUAUGAAGAUUUCAAAUGGCCAUUUCCCUCGCAUAUAAGCCUGGCUUUUAGCACUUGGAAACGUUUUCGAUGUAUUCAUUUGUCCACUUUUUAUGCAAAAAUACUUUUAGUUUCCAAGUUUACAAGUUCAAUGAUGGAUUCCUAUUUGCAACUCACUGUUACAAAUAUUACUUAACAAAAACAAAAAAUAAAAAAAAAUUACAAUUCAAUUUAUCUUCUCUCUAUGUGACUUCUUCAUCUUCUGCGACUAUAUUAAAGGCAUUGUUUCUAUACUUAAAUUAUUCUGUUUUUAAUAACGACUGAAUGGUAUGGUGUAAAUUGGUAAAUUAGUUAGUUACAACAACAAACAACAAAAAAUUGUGAUUUUAAAAAUCUCACAUAGAUUCCAUUGGCAGCUUACACGAAUUAUUUAUACAUGUCUCUGUGAAUCACAUACCGAAAUGUAUUCGAUUUUUAAUAAGUUUUCGCUUUUACCUUUGAUAUUGUUGCAUAAAAUAUUACUUUUUUAAUUUUAUUGAAAUUUUUUUUAUUAAUUUUGGUUGAAAAACGUUGAUCUUUCUUUAGGUUGUAAUUGAAUAUGGAUUGAUUCUAAUAUUUAACCACUAGACAUUAGUAUUAUUUAAACUUAUUUUCUUAAAAAAAAAUUGAAUUCUUUCGCUAUUUAAUACAUUUGCGUUUUUAUUUCGGUUACAUUCUUACUUAAACUAUUUAAACUAUUUACUAUUGUUCAUUUUUGCAUUACGUUUGUAAAUUUAAGUUGUUAAAACAAAUAUUAGCGUUAAGUCAUUGAAUUUGAAUAUUUAUUAUACACCAUUAUUAUUAUAAAAUAUUGGAUUUGUUGGACGUUCGGGGUCGGGUAUGUAUUUUUAAUGGUUCUUUAAAGAAGCUUUUCGCAACAUAUAAUUAUUAAUAGGACCUUUUGACGUUGAGUUGAAAUUGUAGCUGACGACCUUGCGCACUUAUUCUGUAUUUAUAUGUAAAUUAUUGUAUUCACGCGUAGUACUUUCAAACUCAAGGGCAAAGUUUAGGUGAAUUUUCAUUUCUUUACUCUGCCCAAUUCAGAACAAAGCAUGAGUUAGUCAUAUCAUUUAUAUAGUAUAUAGUACUUUAACUGUAUAACCAUGUGCAUAUGUAUGUAAAAUGAAUAAAUUAAUUGGAGUUUAAUGCAUAAGUAUUAUAUGAAUAUGAAAAUAUAUAUGUACCAUUCUUAAUCGAAGCAUCGAAAUUUAAUUGACAAUUAUUUAAACAUAAAUUAUUACUUUUUUUUGUUGUGCAGACACAAAAACAUGAAAAUACUGAGUAACCCAACCCGUAGCAAUAUAAUGAAGUGUAGAUUUGUUAUUGUUAGUGCGUAGUAGAAGUUCGCAUACAUACAUAUGCAUAUGUACAAACAUACAUAUAUGUAUAAGGUGUAGCCGUUGCAUUCAUCCAUAGUUAUGGUUGAUGACACACAUGCCGUCACAGCGCGGGUUAGUGUGUAUGUGUGUAUUGUGCCAAAUCACAAAUGUGGUUUUGACGAUGAUGAUGUGGUCUACUGUAAGCUUAAACGGAGGAUGCAGUUAUUUAAGCAACAAACAAACAAACAAUAUAUAUAUAUAUAUAUAUAUAUAUAGACUAAAUACAUAAAUAUAUUUCUAUAAAUAAAAGAACACAAAACUGAAAUUAAAUUUGUUCAAAUGUGAACAUAAAUUAUUUUGUAGAUGAUAAGUUAAAUUGUACUCGUAUAUUCUACAAUAAGUUUACUAAUUUAUAUAAGUAACAAUAUAUAUAUACAUAUGCGCGUAUGUACAUAUACAUAUGUAUUGUACAUAAAUAUAUGUAUUUAUUAAACAGAAAAUUAUAUGCAUACAUAAACAUAUUAUAUGUCUCAUGUAUAAAUGUGCAUAACACAAGAAAUGUAUGUAAUUUGACAAGCAUUAAAACAAAAUGAAAAACUAUUAAUGAACAAAUAUGUGCUUGCAACUGUAACAUGCACACACACACACACACACAUACGUAUAUACAUACAUAUGUGGUAUAUAGAUGUGCAAAAACUAAUGUUUAUUUCUUUUGUUUUGUUAUACACCGAAAAAAAAAUGACACACCUACACACUUAACCAUACAUAUUUGUAACCAUUUUUAAUAUCGAGCGAUAUCUAUAUGUAUAAACACGUAAAUUUAGUUCUACAACAUUCAAACAAACAAUACAAUAAAUAGAAAUACAUUCAUUUGCAUUGUCACGCGAAAUUGGCGGAAAAGGAUUUUGUUAUGUUUUUUGUUUUGUUUUCUUCUUCUUGAAUGUACCUUAACUUAGCGUACAAUUAGUAAAGUACUUGCGUAAGUUAGCUCGGAUAUAGAAACAAAAGGGAGUAGUCGUACUGCUAAGCAGUGAAGUGUAACUGUAAGUAGGCGUGGAAUUGGCAUGUAGUUGUUGUUGUGGCCCGAAAUGACAAACCUGUAAGAAACUAUUGGUUUUUAUAUGCUUGAAAAAAUGAUUUGUUUGUUUGGUUGAAGCGAUUCUUAUUAUUGCAGCAACUGUAACUGUAUAAUAUAUAAUAAAUUGAAUACCUUAAAAACAUUUUUGUAAAUCCAACACUGUACUAUGUUAAAUAAUAUUGAUGUAUUACUUUAAUGAUAACUUUAUUUUCAACAAAAGCAAUGUUCGUAGCUAUAUGCAUAUGUAUAUUUGUUAAUUUAAUAAUUAUUUUUAUUUUACUUCAUUCCAUUUUUUCGACUUUUUGCUUUUUUUUUCAAAUUAAAUUUUUACUAAAGCUCACGCACAUACACCUACAUGGAACCGAAGAAUAAUUAAUACAAUAAAUAACGGAUUUUGAAAACACAGAAAGAAGAAAAAAAGUUGAUAAUUUAACACUUAUACUCGUGCUACUGCAGUUGUUAUUUAAGUUAAUAAAGCGUUUGCAUAAGUUGAUUGCCAACUCAACUAUA